AGACAGCGUCCACCCAGCAAGAUGAAGGAAUCACCGGCUGGCAGUUGGCGUUCCUGCUUCAGCCUGCGGAAACCAUCCUCUGUGGCCAAACGCCUACUGCAGCGCAGUCCCAGGGAGCCCUCAGAGACAGAAGUCGUGGUGCUGGCAGGUGAAUCGAGCCCUUGUCUACCCAGAAGAGCUGGGGCAAGUAGUGAUGGUGCGCUGUGUGCUUCCAUCGAUGGAGGGCUCUUAGGAAGCACGAGUCACUGUGGUUCAGAUGACAGCCUUCCACAUAACAACAGCGAUGGAGAGAAGGAGCUCAUCCAAGUUCACGCCCUCAUUUCUCCCGGCUGUGCUGAAGAUGCUGACCUGAGCCUGCUGGACACCACAGUCACCAGCCUGGACUGUGACCCAGUGCCUUUGCAGUGCAGCCCAGCCCAAGCACAGUCCGAGUGCCCCUACAGCAGCACCUCCACGCAGGAGCAGGUCAGCGUCGCUGAGGAGAAGCCGAGCCUCUUGGAGGGGGACUUAGAAUCAGGCCUCCAGCCCCAGGCACCGGGCAGCAGCACUGAGAGCUCUGAGCCACUCUCUCCGUGACAAGAGAGGAUGAGUCCCAUCUUUACCCUGGACCUCUCACGCCCUCCUGUCUUUUACAUAAUAAUAAAAGCACGCUCGUGCUCAAUCAA